AGGCACGCUUCAAUCAUCCAUCACGCACUGCCCCGUCACGAUGCCUGUCCGAAGAAGCCUGCAGGCACCCAGGCCCAAUAAGCCUUAUCUAACUGAAGGCCAUGAUGUAAUCCCUAAGAUUGAAGAAGCUCUUGGGCGAAAUAAGGGCAAGGGCGAUAUGCUGCAUAUAAUGGCUAUAGAUAUCAGAAAGGCCUGGUUUAAUAAGGAUAAUGCCAGCCGCAUUAGGAUAGCGAUCUUUAGUUACGAGAUCCUCCUGCUUAUAUAGUCUAUCUAUAAGAACCCUCUAAUUAAUAAAGACUUCCUUAAACGCAAGAAGCAGAAGCUUAAGGAUCUAGAAAGGAAGCUAUGCAGAGGGGUGCAGCCAAGCAGGAGGGAGAGGGGGUUCCUCAGGGCCCUUAACGGCGGCUUACAUAACAAGUAGCUCAAGGAUAUCUGGUGGCAGGCCAAGGAGGUACUGGAGAAGACCGAGAACCUGUAAGGAUAGAAGUGGGGUAAUCGCGGGGUUCUGUGGAGGAAAAAUGUAUUGAGUUUUGUGUGAGUUUAGUUACCUAAAGUUAAAGACC